AUGGAGUGCAUGGCUCAAGAGCCUGUACUUUUUGAGGACAUUUUGUGUCAGAUAGUUGACAUGAUUGGACCAGAGAACGAAAGCUAUCUUACAUUACGUGACUUGAAGGGUAGCAGACUUUCAGGCAGUGUUUUCAAUAUUCUUUUUAACCUCAAUAAAUUCAUGGCCUUCGAAACACGAGACCCAUUUCUGAUUCGUCAGGAGCGCGAGAACCCAACAUUGACAGAGUGGGAUCGCUUUGCACACCGUGAAUACAUUAGGCUUUCAAUGGAGGAAGAUGCUGAAGAUGCCUCCAAUGGAAGUGCUGACGUAUGGGAUGAAUCACUUGAGGCUCCCUUUUGA